CUGAGAGAGAGAGUGAGAGUGGGAGAGAGAGAGAGAGAGAGAGAGGCAGUCCGGAUCCAAUUUAGGCUGAGGGGAGAGACGGAGGAGGAGACAGCAAGUCAGAGCGUGAAGUAAGAAGGAGAACUCAGGAGGUGAAAGAGAGUCGGGACAGUCAUGGCUUUGCAACGUUGGGCAACUUGUCUCGUGUCUGGAUUAGACUUGAGGAAGCCGACUGGUCUGUAGCAGCAGCAGCAGCAGCAGCAGCAUCAUCAUCAUCAUCAUCGCCACCACUCGUGUCCAUCACCAUGCCGUCUGUCUCCCUCAGCUUGCCAACAGCUCUGGCUGGACCUGCACGCACCUGGGUCUGCCUGUCCUGCAUGUUCUGGCCAGAGGAGUUGGAGGCUCUUCAUUCCCACACGUUCCGGGUGAAGACUUUCAAGAAGACCAAGCACUGCAGUGUUUGUAAGCAGACCAUCACCCAGGACGGACUCGUCUGCAGAGUGUGCCGAAUAGCUUGCCACAAGAAAUGUGAAGUCAAGGUGUCUUCAUCCUGUGUUCCAGCGACAAACUAUGAGCUGGCGCCCAGCAGUGACCUCCCUCUCAAACAUGUAGACACCAUGGGCUCCACCAAAUCCUCAAAGAGCAUGGAGUCACGGCGCAGACCGUCAAGGAGUGCGAGUCUGCUGCAGUCCCUGGAGGAGAGCUACGAGCUGGACCUGGUCUACAUCACAGAGAGGAUCAUCUCCGUCUCCUUCCCCAGCAGCGUGGACGAGCAGAGCUAUGCCGCCAACCUGCAGGAGGUCGCCUCCAUGCUGCGCUCCAAACAUGGUCACAACUACCUGCUCUUCAACCUCAGCGAGAAGCGCUACGACAUCAGCCAACUUAAUCCAAAGGUGUUGGACUUCGGCUGGCCUGACCACCACGCGCCCGCCCUGGACAAAAUCUGCAGCAUCUGCAAGGCGAUGGACACUUGGCUGACUGCGGACAGCCACAACGUGGUGGUCAUACACAACAAGGGCAACCGAGGCAGAACUGGAGUGGUGGUCGCAGCCUACAUGCAUUACAGCAACAUAUCAGCCAGUGCGGACCAGGCCCUGGACAGGUUCGCCAUGAAGCGCUUUUAUGAAGACAAAGUGCUUCCUGUGGGCCAGCCGUCACAGAAAAGAUAUGUUGAGUACUUCAGCGGUUUGCUCUCCGGACACAUCAAGAUCAACAACAAACCCUUGUUCCUCCAUCAUGUCAUCAUGCACGGCAUCCCCAACUUUGAGUCUAAAGGAGGUUGUCGUCCUUUUCUGAAAAUCUACCAGGCCAUGCAGCCCGUCUACACAUCUGGGAUCUAUAACGUCCAGGGCGACAGCCAGACGAGCAUCUGCAUCACCAUUGAACCUGGUCUUCUCCUGAAAGGAGACAUCCUGCUCAAAUGCUACCACAAGCGUUUCCACAGCCCGUGCCGAGAUGUGAUAUUCCGAGUGCAGUUCCACACGUGUGCCAUCCAUGACCUGGGCAUCGUCUUUGGGAAAGAUGAGCUUGAUGAGACGUUCAAAGAUGACAGGUUUCCAGAAUACGGAAAAGUGGAGUUUAUUUUCUCCUUCGGGCCAGAGAAAAUACAUGGUCAAGGUAUGGAUCUCCUGGAAAACGGGCCGAGCGUCUCGGUUGACUACAACACACAGGAUCCUCUGAUCCGCUGGGACUCGUACGAAAACUUCAGUCACAGCUGCGAGGACGCCACAGACGAAGUCAUCCAUACCCAAGGACCCCUAGACGGCAGCCUCUACGCCAAAGUUCGCAAAAAGGAGUCUGAGGGAACAGUCAAAGCAAAUGGCCUUCCACCCACUGCUGUGGAACAUGCCCUACCUGCAGUUGACCAUGCAUUAUCAGUGAGCAGCGACUCAGGAAACUCUACUGCCUCCAUCAAAACUGACCGAACUGAUGAAGUUGCAGCAGCCCCUCAGGCAUCCACAGUGAGCCAGACACACGUUCCAGUGGUUGAGGAAUCGCCCACAGUCAACUGCCUCGUGCCACCUGCUCAGCCAUCAAUUAGUCCUCAAGAGAAGCAGGAGCUGGAGCAGCUUCUGAGUGGCUUGGAGGGGCCCAUGCACCGACAGGGCUACCUGUCCACCCCGACAUCUGCUGCCGGAGGGAUGCUUCACCUGGUUCCUGCCCAGGUCCAUGUCAAUGGGCACACGAGCAUUGACCGUGAAACAGACAUUUUGGAUGAUGAGCUGCCUACCAGUCAAGAGGGCAACAGUGUGGACAGUCUGGGUACGUUCUCCUCCAUAGAUGGUAGGGCAACACCAGCUGAUCUCUACUACCAGUCUGAGUCACUUAUCAAUGGUCAGGACCAUGUGCCGUAUCUGGAGCGCAGCGACCCUGAAAAGCCUCUGGAAACCGUCCAGCCUCAGGUUGGCAGAUCUGACAAACCUGUCACUUUGACCCAAAGUGGUUCAGCCCACUCACCAGUUACUUACAUGGCCACCCAGAAUGGCAGUCUUUACCGCUCUCACUCGUUAGAUGCGGAAUCAAAAUCUAUGCCACAAGCUCCCGCCCGCACCACCAGUAGCAGGGAUGCUGUCCAGCGUGGUCUUAAUGUUUGGCAGCAGUUCGGUGUACCAGAGGAGCCAGUAACUGAAGGAAUAACGUUUAGUUCACCUUCCUCUAUAGCAGUGAUGCCCAGCCACCACAGUCUCCCACAGUUCCCUCAUCGCCACAGCGCCUCCCAGCAAGAGAUUGAGCAAUCAAUUGAAACCCUUAAUCUCCUCAUGUUGGACCUGGAACCAGGCUGUUCACUGGUGCCCAAGUCUCAAAGUGCUCCACUGCAGGAAAACAGUGUUGUAGUAACCACACAGCCGUCCUUUUCGCAGAGCCAAUCCAGGCCUUCCUACCAGGGCAAUGUCGCCCCACAUGCCCACUUUUCAGGUCCCACUUCCAGCCAUUUGUCAACAGCUCAAAUGUCACAAGGCAAAUUAUGUAGACCAGAACCUGCAGCUGUUUUGGGUUACAAUUCUGAAACCACUGGAUAUAAUCCACCCUCACAAGCAUCACCUACUGUAGCUGACCACGUCCAAGUCCAGGUGAAUCCCAUCAACACCUACCCACCAAGCACACUGUCCUACUCUGCAGAGGUCUUUGAGCCCGCGAGAAGCCCCAGUGCUCCCUCAGUAUCAUCGCCACGAGACACUGAGCCUAAUGAAGUCUUCAAUGUUGAAGGUCUGGUGGCUCAAAGAGUUGCUGGUGUUCAGGCCCGCACGCUGUCCUUAGACGAGCCCGGGACUCUGCCUCGCCAUCCCGUCAACAGCGACGACCAGUUUCACAACAGUCCUGACGAUGGUCCCUCUCCUGACGCCCCGGUCCGUUCCCCUGUUCGAUGCAUUUCCCCAGAGUUCGUCAAUGCCAUUGCCAUGAACCCCGGAGGACGGCCUAAAGAGAGAAAUAUGCACAGCUACCGAGAGGCCUUUGAAGAAAUGGACGGAGGUCCCGUUAGUCCUACACCCACAUUUGGUGGUGAGGUGUUUCCCCAAACCCCUGCCUUCCCCAUCUCACCGCAAACCCCUUACUUCAACCUGUGUCGCUCCCCUCCUGGUCUGGCCAAGACUCCGCUGUCAGCCCUGGGUCUGAAACCCCACAACCCAGCAGAAAUCCUCCUGAAUCAAACCGGCACAGAUGAUGAGAGCAGAGAGAGUGAGGAAGCACCGAGAAGCUAUGUGGAGUCCGUGGCGAGGUCGGCGACAGCAGGUGGAGAGCAGCCCUCGUCACCUCAGAGCCUUAGUCCACUCGCAGAGACUACAAGCCAGGAGAGGAGUCCGAGUCCCUCCUGCCACACACUGAACCCACCAUUGUCCAGCAGCAGUCCCAUCCAGAGCUCACAGGGUGACCAUCCUCUACCAGAGAGCAGCGUUAGCACUCCGUCCCAACCCACUACUGAUUCAGGCUUCCGCUCGCAUGCUACAGAGAGUGCCUACCCCACUCCAACCCCCUCAUAUCAAGCUGUACACACUCCCACCUCUUCCUACCUGGAUUCCAGCUCCCCAGCCUCUUCCUACCUUGGCACUACUACUCCUACACUGUCCUACCUUGGUCCCAACACCCUACUGGGGAGCUAUGUGUCCUCAGAUCCGAGCCCUCCCACCUCAGACGCCUCCCAGACCACACACAGCCAAGGAGGUCCCCAUGCACUGCAACGGAUCAACAUCCUUGGUUCCACUCACAGUCCCGCCUUCCAGCAGUGCUCCACUGCUAAUCAGAAUGGUUCUGUCAUGGGUCAGAAAACAUCACCAGCUAAUGGUUAUGAUGUGGGCAUGCCAAGUCUCCUGUCAGGUGGCAGUCCCAUCCUCGGCCGGCAUGUGUCUCAUGGAGCUCAAAAUAGCCCAGUCUUCAGCAGACAGGCCUCUUUGGGUCAGGGGCCUCAUCAAAGCCCUGUCCUCAGCAGACAGCCGUCCUUGGGCCAGCCCCUGCAGGGCAGCCCCGUACUCAGCCGGCAGCCAUCCGUCGCACACCCCCAGGGAAGUCCGGUUUUGGGCCGACACCCGUCUGUGACACAGGUGUCCCAGAGAAGCCCCAGUUUGGACCGUCACCCCAUGCACAGCGGGUACACCACGCCAGACGAGCGUCACGGGAACCUUUCCAGACAGAGCAGCUCCUCGGGCUACCAGGGACCGCCCACUCCCUCCUUCCCGAUCUCACCUGCAGGCUACCAGGAUGGCGGGAUGAUGGGGAUGGGUGUAGGCUUCAGGCAGGGCAGCCCGGCCUCUGGCUUUCAGCCACAGCUUCCAGAGAAGAGGCGCAUGUCGAGCGGUGACAGACCAAAUGGAGGUCUGUCGUAUGGCACGGUGAACGGGAAGAUAAUGACCCCACCGAGCGGAGGCAACACACUGGGCUACUUUCACACCCUCUCUGACUUCUCCAGGUUCAAUAUGCCCGACGGAAGUCCUGAGAGCAGACUGAACGUCAAGUUUGUCCAAGACACGUCCAAGUUCUGGUACAAGCCAGACAUUUCCAGAGAGCAAGCGAUUAGCCUGCUGAGAGAGAAGGAGCCCGGAGCCUUCAUAAUUCGGGACAGUCACUCGUUCAGAGGGGCCUACGGCCUGGCUAUGAAGGUGGCCUCCCCCCCACCCACUGUGCACCAGAACAAGAAAGGAGACAAUGCCAACGAGCUGGUGAGGCACUUCCUGAUCGAGAGCAGCUCCAAAGGAGUGAAGCUGAAGGGUUGUCCCAACGAGCCUUACUUUGGUUGUCUCUCUGCAUUGGUUUAUCAACAUGCUAUCACGCCACUGGCGUUGCCGUGCAAACUGCUCAUCCCUGCCACAGAUCUCAUAGAGGAAGCUCCAGUGGUCGCACCAACCAAUCCUGUGGCUGAGCAGCUGAAGCAAGGAGCAGUGCAGAGGGCCCCUGCUGAUUCCCAUGCGUGCAACGUGCUCUACAUCAACUCGGUGGAGAUGGAGUCGCUGACGGGCCCCCAGGCCGUCGCCAAGGCCAUUUCCGAGACACUGGCCGCUGCUUCUUCGCCCACAGCCACCGUCGUGCACUUCAAGGUGUCUUCGCAAGGCAUCACGCUGACCGACAACCAGAGGAAGCUUUUCUUCAGACGCCACUACCCCAGCAACACUGUCACGUUCUGUGAUAUCGACCCUCAGGACAGAAAGUGGAAGAAGACGGACGGAGGUGCAGCUAAGCUGUUUGGUUUCGUGGCGCGCAAACAGGGAAGCACAACCGACAACGUGAGCCACCUCUUCGCCGAGAUGGACCCCGACCAGCCCGCCAGCGCCAUCGUCAACUUCGUCUCCAAGAUGAUCACGUCGCAGAAACAUUGAGCGCUGUCAGCUGACCCUGGCGCUUUUGACUCCAUUUAGAAAAAAAAAAAAAAAGGCCUUUGGUUAUUUUUUCCCUUUCCUCUCUUAACUACAGACACGCAAUCUACUUUCUGUCCUCUCCUUUUUUUUUUUGGACAAUUUAAGCAUUUCACUUUAUUUUUCAUG